AAUCGGUUUUCAUACUGGGCAAAACUAUAACGCUGAUGUUGCUUUUCUUUUCAACCCACGGUUUGAUCAAUACUUAUUCCUAGACACCUACAGAAAUAGUGCUUGGGAGAGAGAGGAGUUGGUCUAUGAUAGACCCUUUGUCAGAGGGGAAAAUUUCAUUAUGGUGAUUGUCAUCAAGGCAGAUGGUUAUGAGGUCAUUGUAAAUGGAAAAUCUCACUGCAUGUACAGACACCGCAUUGCAUUAGAGAAAGUAUCUGCAGUUGGCAUUUGGGGAGGUGUUUCAGUCCUUUUUUAUGGCUUCAUUCAGAACUGGAGCGCAUCAACAUUAAGCUCACCAUCGAGCAUGAUAGUCAUCCCUUCUGAAAUUUCAAAUCCUGUCAUCCAGCCUAAAAUUCCCUACAUCGCACCAGUAGGUGUAGAGAUAAAACAAGGAGUAGCUUUUUACGUUGAAGGAACUAUUCCUGCAGAUGGCGACCAGUAA